GGGUUGACCACUCAACGCCGCCUGACCGCUCCCCCUUCGCCCUUGUCUCUUUCGUCUUCCCCUUGCCUGGUUGCUUCCUCGCCUUUGUCCACCUCUUGGCGUUUCCAAGAUCAAAUGCCUACCAAGUACCAACUAAUAUAGAAAUAGAAGAGAGGAAGGCGGGGUUUGCGGAUUCCCAUCUCCGCUGCCUUUUCCAACCUUGCUCCUGUUCUCACGCUUGUCCCUUUCUGUGGAUCCUCGAAGCGUCUCCAGUUCGAUCUUCACCGGUUCACGCAAGCCUCUUCAUCCUCUUCUCCUCUUUGGGCAGGCUUCGCUUCAGUUAUUUGGGAUUGCAGAAGAGACUCUUCUCUCUCUAGAGGUGUAGAUGUCGUGCUAGAUCGGAUCAGAUUCGGGCAUCCGUCGCAUAGAAGGAGGAGGGAUCGUGGGCAGGAGGUGGGUUUGGGGAUUUGGGUUCUUCGUGGGGGCAGAAUUAGGUGCUCUGAUCCGUCAUGGGGGUGCCGGUUGCUCUCUAUUCCAGUCCGCCUAAUGCCGUUUGUACGCCGACCCAUGCCUGCCACAUCAGUUCCCACUUUUCAACGGACUACGAUCUCAACUCUAGGUCGUCGUCUUCGACAUCAUCGACGGCCGUUCUGCAGAAGCCGAUGAUUGGGGGUCUCUCUUGCCUGUUCUCCUCCCAGGCGGUGAAGCACGGACCCAGCUUUGCUAACGAGGACCUCGGGUCGCUGCGGCAUGGAUGUGGCCCGGCAGUCAUGGCGGAGAGAAACGAGGAAUUGAGCGGCUCGUUCUCUUAUUCGUCGCUUGGUUCAUCGUUCAAGGGCAGGAACCAGAGUCCCAUCUCCGUGUUCCAUGGCCCGGUAACGUGCAGCAGCGUGGGAUCGAGAAGCCCUCCCGUAAGAACUUCGAGGGACAGGUGCAUGGAUUCGCAUCCGCAGAUGCCGUUGAGGGUUCAGAGAGACAAGCUAUUCAAUAGCUUCGUCCGGAGUGCGUUGGGAUUCUGUGUCGAUUACGAUUCACCGAGCUUUCCGAUGACUGGUGAUACUGAUUUGCACGAGAAACCGUCGCUUGUCUCCCCAUCCCCUCCUGAUUUGGUGGAUGAAGAAGAACUAACUUUCACUAUGGACGACAACUUCGUCGACGAUGAGUCGUUCCGUAGUUACAAACGAAAGUGCCGUCUUGGAUACUAUGGCGAACGUCUGGAGCCGUAUGCUCGAGACAUCUUAUUGGGCGCUCAGAAGAGGCAUAAGAUUUUCUCCCAGGAGCUUGUAGUGAAGGCAUUCUGCGAAGCGGAGAGAGCUCACAGGGGGCAGGUGAGGGCAAACGGCGAUCCCUAUUUACAGCACUGUGUAGAAACUGCUCUAUUGCUGGCGGAGAUUGGAGCGAACUCCACAGUUGUGGCAGCGGGGCUGCUGCAUGAUACGUUGGAUGACUCUUUCGUAGAUUAUGAAUACAUUUAUCGCAUAUUUGGCGCUGGGGUUGCUGAUUUGGUUCGAGGGGUGUCAAGGCUAAGCCACUUGAGCAAGCUUGCUCGGGACAAUAACACUGCCAGCAGAAUCGUGGAGGCGGAUCGGCUACACACCAUGUUUCUAGCGAUGGUAGACGCCAGGGCGGUUUUGGUAAAACUAGCCGACAGACUGCACAACAUGAUGACGUUGGAUGCCCUGCCCUUCUCCAAACAACAAAGGUUUGCCAAGGAGACUCUGCAGAUCUUCUCUCCGUUAGCGAACCGGCUGGGUAUCUCCACAUGGAAGGAGCAGUUGGAGAACCUGUGCUUCAAGCAUCUUAAUCCCGUUCAAUAUGAUCAACUUGCUUCCAAGCUUGCCAAGCCAUUCAGAGAAGCAACAAUUGCUUCUGCUGUUGAUAGACUUGGAUCCACAUUGGAAAAGGAGGCCGUUUCGUAUCACGUUCUCUCCGGGCGGCACAAAAGCUUGUACAGCAUCCACUUGAAGAUGUUAAAAAAGAAGCUUAGGAUUGAUGAAAUCCAUGACAUUCAUGGGUUGCGGUUGAUAGUGGAAAAGGAGAGCGACUGUUUUGCUGCUCUCCGCAUUGUUCAUCAGUUGUGGCCUCAAGUGCCUGGGAAGCUUAAGGACUACAUUUCACGUCCCAAAUUUAACGGAUACCAGUCAUUGCACACGGUGGUAAUGGGAGAAGAUAUGGUGCCCCUGGAGAUACAGAUUCGGACCAGAGAGAUGCACCUUCAGGCAGAAUUUGGCUUCGCUGCUCACUGGCGGUACAAGGAGGGUGGCCGGAAACACCCGUCUUUUGUCCUUCAAAUGGUGGAAUGGGCAAGGUGGGUAGUAACCUGGCAAUGCGAGGCAAGUAGCCGAGGCCCAGCUUCUUCGCUGAAUGGUGAUUCAAUCAGGCCAUGGUGCCUCUUCCCCUCUCAUUCCGACGACUGCCCAUGUGUGGAUGCCCUUGACGCUCAUGAAGAUGGGCCCAUUUUUGUGAUUGUGCUCGAAAACGAUAAGAUGUCUGUGCAGGAGUUUCCAGCCAACUCUAUGGUAAUGGAUUUACUGGUAAGGGUCGAGCAGGACGGCUCGGCUUAUGGGGUUCCUGUUAAGGAGGAGCUCCGUCCAAGGCUGAACGGGCAGCCCGUGGGCGAUGCCCAUCGCAGGUUGAAGAUGGGAGAUGUUGUUGAAUUGACUCCGUCAAUACCUGACAAGUCUUUGAUAGAAUGUAGAGAAGAAAUACGUCGCAUGUUCGAUAGAGAUCCAACUCUUACAAAAAGGGGAAUGGCUGAAGAUUGAGAGCCACCCCAGUUGCUUUUCUUUUGUGUAUAUUGUCCCAAUUAUAUGUUACAUUUAUUACAUGUACAGGGAGUGGAUUUAUUAUAUGUACAGGGGCUGAAGGAGGGAAUGUACCGGUAAUGGGGCUCUAAUGUAACUGGGGUCUCCAUUUAAGACUCCAACAAUAUAAUCAAAAAUUCAUUUCUCACGGAAAAAUAAAUGCAGAUGCUGUUUUCUUUUUUGGCU